AUGUCCUUCGCCAAUAGCACUCAGACUAUUACAACCUUUGAGGCUGAUGGUCCGACAAAGGCAGCAAUGUCGAGACUCUUAAGCACUUGGGCCGCUACGUCAUGGUGGCAGAUAUUCAUCACGAUUGUCCUUGGUGCUAUCGUUUACGAUCAAGUGCUGUACUUGUUGAAAAAGGGCACCAUUGCCGGUCCCCGUUUCAAAGUAUGGCCGAUUAUUGGACCAUUCCUAGAGAGUUUGGAUCCUAAAUUCGAGGAGUACAUGGAUAAAUGGAAUUCAGGCCCUUUAUCUUGUGUGUCUAUUUUCCAUAAGUUCGUUGUUAUUGCGUCUUCAAGAGAUUUGGCAAGAAAGAUCUUGAGCUCCCCUAAGUAUGUUAAACCUUGUGUUGUUGACGUGGCCAUCAAAAUCUUGAGGCCCACGAACUGGGUCUUUUUGGAUGGUAAGGAACAUGUCGACUACAGAAGAUCUUUGAAUGGCCUCUUCUCACAAAAGGCUCUUGAGAUAUACAUACCGGUGCUUGAGAAAUACAUGGACCUUUAUCUCGAUAAAUUUAUCGGUUACGAUGGCCCUCGGAAGUUUUUCCCUGAAUUCCGAGAAUUGCUUUGCGCUUUGUCAUUACGUACCUUCUGUGGUGACUAUAUCACUGAGGAACAGAUCGCCUUGAUUGCGGACAACUACUUUAAGAUCACUGCGGCCUUGGAACUUGUUAACUUUCCAAUAAUUAUUCCUUACACAAAGACUUGGUAUGGUAAAAAAAUUGCAGACGAUACUAUGAAAAUUUUUGAGAGUUGUGCAGAGCUGGCCAAGAAACACAUCAAUGAGAACGAUGGUAAGCCUGGAUGUGUCAUGGAUGAAUGGAUCUACCUCAUGAAGCAAGCAAGAGAGAACCAUAAGGAAGACCCCGAAUCAAAGCUUCUUGUUCGUGAUUUCUCUAACAAAGAAAUUUCGGAGGUGAUUUUCACUUUUCUUUUUGCUUCGCAAGACGCGUCAUCGUCUCUCGCAUGUUGGCUAUUCCAGAUUGUAGCCGACCGCCCUGAUAUCGCCAAAAAGAUCAGAGAGGAGCAAUUGUUAGUGAGGGAAAAUGAUCCGCUGAGGCCGCUCACCUUGGAGAUGAUCAAUAAGAUGAAAUACACUAACGCGGUCGUCAAAGAGUCUUUGCGCUAUAGGCCCCCGGUACUAAUGGUACCUUAUGUUGUCAAACAAAGUUUUCCUGUGACACUGGAGUACACCGCCCCGAAGGGAUCGAUGAUCGUACCAACUUUAUAUCCUGCUCUUCAUGACCCGGAGGUAUAUCCUGAACCUGAUUCAUUCAUUCCUGAGAGAUGGGAAAAUCCUACUGGUGACAUGGACAAGAGAAGCUGGUUGGUAUUUGGCACUGGUCCCCAUGUUUGUCUUGGUAAGGUCUAUGUCCUUAUGAUGUUCACUGGAAUGUUGGGGAAAUUCAUCAUGAACAGUAACAUCAAGCACACUGUGACCCCGUUGUCCGAAAAGAUCAGAGUGUUUGCUACCAUUUUUCCACAGGAUGACUUGAUCCUCGAAUGGGAAUCGAGAGAUCCGACCGUCGUUGAAUAG